AUGCAGGGCCAGGGGUGCCACCCAGACGUCGUCACCUACACCGCCCUCAUCUCCGCCUUUGAGAAGGGCGGGCAGUGGAGGCUGGCGCUGGAGGCCUACGAGCGCAUGAGGGCUCAGGGGUGCCGCGCCGACGCCAUUGUGUACAACGCCAUCAUUGACGCGCUGUGGGAGACGGGCGUGGUGUGGGUGCAGCGCCGCGCCCUCAAGCUCUUCAGGGUGGCUGUGGAGGAGGGGCACUUCCACCAGGGCAAGCUGGUGCCGGGGCUGGCGCGCGCCGAGGUCAACCUGCAUGCCAUGACGGCGGGGGUGGCCAUGCUGUCGCUCUACGCCUGGCUCGUGUCGCUGCGCGCGCUGCUGGCCAGCCACGGCCCCGCCGCCAUGCCCGCGCGCCUGGGCGUGGUGACGGACCGCGGCAAGGGCGCCAAGGAGCAGGGCAACCUGGUGGUGAAGGAGGCGGUGCAGGCGGCCAUGGCGCUGUGGGGCGCGCCAUUCAGGCCCGUGGUGGACGGCGGGUACAGCGGCAUGCUGGAGGCGGCGGGCCCCGACGCCUGCGACUGGCUGCUGGGGGAGGGCUUUGAGGCGCGCCUCUUCACCUUCUUCCCCUGCACAGACAUCACGCCCGCCGUGGCAAACACGAUGAAGGACCGCGACAGCGUGCACAGCGUGAGCGCCAUGCUGGACGACCCCGACUGUGCCAAGGAGGCCAGCGUGGAGCAGCGGUGCAGCGAGGCCUUUGCCGCCGUGCAGCACUUUGAGAAGACGCACUGCCUGGCGCUGCAGAACAUGGGCUACACCUACCUGCAGCGGCGCAACGAGCUGGUGGCCAAGUGCCUCGAGGUGGCAGCCAGGCUGGGCGUGCGGGAGGAGGCGGGCCACGACGGCGUGCUGCUCAUGGACCGGGUCAUGUCCACCAGCCUGCAGCUGGCGCCAGACCUGCUGGACCUGCUGGCGGUGGGGUGCGUGGUGAUCGCGGCGCGCCAGGUGGACGGCGCGGGCGCGGGCCUGCCGCCGCUGCCCGCCGACGCCGACGUGGGCGCCGCCUCGGGCCUGCCGCGCGCCGCGGUGGAGCAGAUGGAGUGGAAUGUGCGGCAGGUGCUCAGCCAGGACACCGCCGCCAUCUCCACCCUGCGCUGCCUCAAGCUCUUCCUGGAGCGCAUGGGGGCGCACCACAUGGACGCGCGUAGCGGAGCCGCCAUGGCGGGCCGCGCGCAGCAGCUGGUCACCGACUGCCUCACUGACAUGGCCUUCCUCAACUGCCGCCCCAGCGUGAUUGCGGCGGCGCUGCUGUAUGUGGAGCGCCGCUCGCGAGGCAUCAUCCCCUUCUGGCCCUCCAUGCUGGCCAAGCUGACGGGGUACCAGGCCCUGGCGCAGCCUGCCACCAGCGCGCUGGCCCUGCUGCUGACGGUCGCCUAUGCGCUGAUCCAGUGGCGGCACCUGGGCUACCCAGACGUCGGCCUGUCAUACGACCGGGUGGUGGUGCACCGCGAGCUGUGGCGCACCGCCGCCUCCCAGCUGGCCCACAUUGACCUCGUCCACCUGGCCUUCAACCUGUCAGCCCUGUGGUCCAUCGGCCUGGUGGAGCGCACCCUGGGCACCCUCCACUACCUGCAGCACACCGCCCUGCUCUUCCUGCUGUCCCCCGCGAUCUGCAUCCUCAUCUACCACCUGCUGAUUGUGGUGGGCCAGAGGGAGCAGUACCGCGAGGUGACGGCGGUGGGGUACAGUUGCGUACUGUUUGGCUGGAUGAGCCUGAUGGCCACCAGCAAGCCGGGCGGCAUCACCAUGCUGCCCGUGUUUGGGCUGGCCAGCAUCCCACUGUGGGCCACACCCUGGGCCUCCCUCCUCAUCACCUCCCUGCUCAUCCCAAGGGCCAGCUUUGUGGGCCACCUGGCCGGCAUGCUGGCGGGAUACGCUGUGGCUCUGGGCGCCUUCAGCUGGCUCAACCCGUGGUGGAGCCUCAGCCUGCUGGCGUGGGCGGCCAUGGGCCUCAGCUACGCGGCCGCACGCAGCCGCCAGCUCGUCAUCCUGUACAUCCGCCUGCCAGGGGGCGCAGCCUUUGGCCUGGGCGGCAGCCCCGGCGGCGGCGGCGGCGGCGGCGACGCGGAGAGCGGCGGGGUAGGGGCAAAGGCGGGGGCAAAGGCGGGGGUGACCCGCAUAGUGGGCGGCGAGAUUGUGCGCACUUGA